AUGAUUGGAUGAAAGGUCCACUUCAGCUUUAGAAUAACAGCUCCUGUUUUGGGCCGAUGUUAUGGUUCUAAAAGGGUUGGUGUUGGUCCACCUCCAAACUCCACACUGUCUUCUGAAGAGUUGUGUGAGCAGUCCUAGUUUGAAACAGAUAAAGUAGAGACAUUACAGGCCCAUCAGGGGUUUUCUGAUCAGAGAUUCUGAUUUCUGACAGAAAAAAUCAUCCUCAGCUGCAGGGUCUGUGUUUGUCCAGCAGAGGGCACCCCAACUCUACACAGAAGAAUACAGGUCUUGUAAUCCCUGAGCGCUGACUGGAAGGUCAGAGGAGUUUUCUUUACAUUUUAUGGUCAUUCUGAUUGUGAUACAAAGGUUAUUUAAACAUUAGGGCUCUGUAAUUUUCACCAGGUGCUUAAAUUUUGUUUUAUUAUGUUGUAACUGAACAGAAAUACUUCAAAUAAAAAGCUAGUGAUGGGAAAUUAAAGAAACUGACAAAUAACCAAUUGAGCAUUUUUCGUUUCUUCAAAUAAAACAGUUUUAGUUGUUUUUUGCACUUUUGUUAAAAUCAUCCAUGGGCGUGGCCUCAGAAUCUGUUAGCCUGCCAGUCAGCGCCCUGGAAACACUUCCCCCAAGCUAACGCUGCUGCAGAAGGAACCAGAGUCCAGUCCGGUACCAGCGAGCCGCUCGGUGCUCCGUAGCCGGACCGAGGCUCAGUUUGUCGGACGUGCGGCGAGGUGAGGAGUCGGUGGAACCGGAUCAGGCCGGUACCAUGUUCUUCUGAUCGGAGUCGGUGUUGCAGCUGACUGUUGCCGUGCAACAGGAUGAAUGGAUACGAAGCUUCGCCGCUCACCGCCGGUGCCUUUGGCUCCUACAUCAAUGGACGCAGCUCACCAUCGCCAGAGCCUCCCAGAAGCAAAGCCAAGAGCGGUGCCAAAGCUCUACAUGAACAAAGGAGGCACGGCACCAGAACCAGCAUCAACAGCCUAACGGACACUUCCCAGUAUCACGUAGAGCACCUGAGUACGUUCGUGUUGGACCGUAAGGACGGUCUGAUCACAGUGGAGGACGGGAUCAGACGGCUCCGUCUGCUGGACGCCAAAGGGAAGGUCUGGACCCAGGAGAUGCUGCUGCAGGUGGAGGAGAAGGCCGUCAGCCUCAUCGACCUGGAGACCAAGAACGAGUUGGAGAACUUCCCAAUCGGGUCGCUUCAGCAUUGCCAGGCGGCGAUGAACACCUGCAGCUAUGACUCCAUCCUAGCGCUGGUCUGUAAAGAAUCAGGUCAGAGUAAACCGGACCUGCACCUGUUCCAGUGCGACGACAUCAAGGCCAAUCUAAUCCAGGCUGAUGUGGAGAGUGCCAUGAUCGAUGCCAAAGGAGGAAAAGCCAAGAAACGACCCGAAACGCUGAAGAUGAUCCUAAAGAGUGACGGCAUAAUCCCACCUCCCCCAACUACACCUGCCCCUGAGGCGCCGGCACCAUCCAAUCAGACGGAUGUUAGAAGCCGAGUUGCUGCCUGGUCGGCCUGGACCAAUGAGCAGCAACACUACGACCAGCUCCCUCAGGACAACGGGCCAGUGGAGAUGACGGCGCUGAGAGUGGACCGGGACGUGCAAAUCCUGAAUCACAUCCUGGACGACAUCGAGUUCUUCGUCACCAAACUGCAGAAAGCUGCCGAGGCUUUCUCUGAACUCUCCAAGAGGAAAAAGGUCAAGAAGGGCAAGAAGAAAGGUCCAGGAGAGGGGGUUCUGUCUCUGAGGUCCAAACCUCCUGGAGAAGAUGAAUUUGUUGACUGUCUACAGAAGUUCAAACACGCCUUCAACCAGCUGGCCAAGCUGAAGGACCACAUUCAGAACCCAAGUGCAGUGGAUCUGGUCCACUUCCUGUUCUCUCCACUCAGGAUGGUGAUCCAAGCGUCUGGUGGCACCGAUCUGGCUCGGAGCGUCGUGGUUCCGCUGCUCACCAGAGACGCCAUUGAGUUCCUCCAUGCCUCAGGGACAGCAGAGGAGCGGCACCUGUGGGUGACGCUGGGAGAUGGGUGGACCAAGUGCAGGCUGGAGUGGCCAAAGGACCACUACUUCCCUCCCUGUGAGCUUCGGCUGCGUGAUGGCUGGGAACCUCCCGUGCUGUCGUCGGUGACUCCGAGUCGGGAACAGGAGCUGAUGCAGCUGGCUGAAAGCCUCGUUGGUGCCGACGUCCAGAGGUUGGAGGACCUGCGACUGCCUCAGGAGGUAGCGUUUUCGAGGUAUCCUCCGGAUGAUGGGUACGCCUUUUCCAACUCCAAACAAUUCCAGAUCCUGGAUCAGGACACGGCCAUGGCUGCUUUUAAACAUGCCAUCAGCCGCCGUGUAGACCGAGGAUUUGACGCCGACAGACCUCAACAGAAACUUUUUGCCAAAUCAAAGUACGACUUUGUAGCGAGAAACAACACGGAGCUGUCGGUUCUGAAAGAUGAACUCGUUGAGGUGCUCGACGACAGGAAGCAAUGGUGGAAAGUUCGGAACGGUUGCGGGUGUGCUGGCUACGUGCCAAACAACGUCUUGGAGAUCACAAAGGCCGUGGACAUGACGAGUCGAGGAGAACCAGUCUACAGCCACACCAUCCAGCUCAUGAUGCCAAAGAAGGAGUUUGAGUUGUUUAAGCAGUUACUGGGAGAGCUAAACGAGAAACAGACCGCAAAGUUGGACCCAGUCCCCGGUAAUCCAGCAGCCACCUCCAUGACGGAGGUCCCCUCAGCGCCCCCUACAGCCCCCACCAGGCUUCCCACACCGCCGCUGCCACCUCCAGUGGUCCAAACCCUCAAAGCGAGUGGCGACAGUGGCCUGAGCACCACUAAUGACAUCAUCAGCACCGGCGCCAAGGACCCGAGCAGCCAGAAAGCCGCCGUAGGCAGCCGCAGGAAGUCCAACAUGGAGGAGGUUCAAGACGAGCUGGUGCACAGGCUGACUUUGGGCCGCAGCACUCAGAAGAAGCUUCAGGUUCCGAGUCAAAGCAGCAGCGGCGCCCUGCCCGCCGCCAGCAUCACCUACGACUCGUCUCCAGAGGAAGUGAGGGCCUGGCUGGAGGCCAAAGGCUUCAGCCCAGUCACCAUCAGCAGCCUGGGAGUUCUGACUGGAGCUCAGCUGUUCUCCCUGAACAAGGAGGAGCUAAAAACAGUUUGUCCCGACGAUGGAGCGCGUGUCUUCAGUCAGGUCACUGUCCAGAAGGCAGCGCUGGAGGUCUUCUUCUGACCCUCCUUUGAUCUUCUGGUUCUCUUACAACCUUCAGUAAGAAGAGUUCGGGCUCUGAGCUCCAGGAGAUCAUGAGGAGGCGACAGGAGAAGCUGGCAGCCACUACCUGGGAUUCAGGGGUGGAGUCUUUUGAUGAAAGCAGUACCCACUGAGCUCCACCUCUUUGCUUUCCAAUCUGCAGCCAGCUAUUUCCUUCCUUCUCAGGCAGCGGCGGACCAUGCAGCAUUUGUGGAGAUCAUGCGGCGCAGGCAGGAGCUCCUCAGCUCGUCUCCGUAGAAACCAGCGGACCAGCUGACUGACCCCUGGAUGUCCAGAACAUUAACCCCACCCCCAAUAUUCUGCCAUGUUUGCCUGAACUUCACAUGAACGUUCAGGAGACCCACUCCUCUGCUGCUGAAGCCUCUCAGUAUUAACGUUGGAAUAUCUCAGGCGCCUUGUGACCCCUGACCCGUUCUGACCACUCACACCAGCUGUUCUGGUUCGUCCUGCAGCGUUAGCAUAAAAAUACAUCUGUGGAAUAAAAUAAUUCAUGUUGACUUUUGUGGGAAAUCUGUUUUGAAUUUGAAAGCGAACCGAUCGGAGUCAUUAGCGUUAAAUCCGGGUUUUUGUGACCUUAUUCUCCUCCAGAACCAGAGUUGGUUCUGCGUUCUAACUCCUGUUCCCACACAUUUUCUGCUGCUAGAGCUUCAUGAACGUCUGUGCUCCUCCAACUUUUACAGGUACAGCAGGUGGGUCUGAACCAGAACGCCCGCUGCUGAUUGGUCAGGAAUCUACCAGAACCUCCAGCUUCAUGCUGUUGGGAUCAGGAGAUCAAACCCACACUUCCUGCUUCUCAAACCUCAAACUGGUGUUUUUACAGGAUGGACGAAGGUUCUGAUGAUUCGCCGUUUUGAAAUCAAAUCACUAAGUCAUCAUCAUGUUUAUUAAUUAGGUUUUUAGGCUGCUUCCUGUACAGAGCUUCAAAAUAAAGGUUCUUAUGUUCU